AUGCUUGACGAGAAACGGACCAGCACUAAGGGUAGCUAUGAUCUAUCCGAGGCAUCGUCAGAGCCAAAAACGGUCAUGUACACAAGCUGGGGAGACAUGCUCAGGCACUGGCCAAAAACUACGCUCUGCAUCGUCUCUAACGAAUUUUGCGAACGAUUCUCGUACUAUGGAAUGAGAACCGUACUUAUUUUGUACCUGCUGAAUGUGUUGAAUUUCUCCGAAAACCAGUCCACUAUAUUCUUCAACAGCUUUACGGUACUUUGCUACCUUACUCCUCUGCUCGGUUCAAUCAUCGCAGACGGCUAUAUCGGAAAAUUCUGGACAAUUUUCUCAGUUUCUAUACUGUAUGCUUGUGGGCAAAUUAUCCUCGCAGCUGCAUCCGUCAAGAACAAGGAGUCAAGCGUUCACCCAUGGAUGGAUUUGGCAGGACUAGUGAUCAUAGGCUUCGGUACAGGUGGAAUAAAGCCUUGUGUUUCUGCUUUUGGAGGUGACCAGUUCGAAGUUGGCCAGGAGCGAAUGCUGUCGUUGUUCUUUUCUAUGUUUUACUUUUCAAUUAAUGCUGGCUCAAUGAUUUCUACAUUUAUAUCUCCAAUUUUUCGAUCUCAACCAUGCCUUGGUCAGGACUCCUGCUACCCAAUGGCUUUUGGAAUUCCCGCUAUUUUGAUGAUUUUAGCUACAUGUUUGUUUAUGGCAGGGUCUUUCUGGUAUAAGAAACCUCCUCCAAAGGAGAAUGUAUUCGCCGAGGUCGCAGGUGUGAUGACGAGAGCCAUCCGGAACAAAUUCCAUUCGAAAACAAGUAAACAACACUGGCUUGACAACUACAUGGAUACCCAUGUUUGCGAAGAUGAUCCCAGAUGUCUCGCUCUGCAAGAAGAAGUGAGAAGUAAGAAAGCCUGCCAAAAACGCAUCUUUAUCGAAGAUGUGAAGACGUUACUUCGUGUACUCAUCAUGUUCUUGCCUGUACCUAUGUUUUGGGCGCUUUACGAUCAACAAGGUUCAAUUUGGCUCAUUCAAGGCAUUCAAAUGGAUUGUCGCCUGUUCGGAAAUCUUCUACUGCUUCCCGAUCAAGUACAGACGUUGAACGCUGUUUUGAUUCUCCUGUUCAUCCCACUAUUCCAAAUUGUCAUAUAUCCACUGGCGGGAAAAUGCUUCAAUCUAACUCCACUUCGUAAAAUGGUCGCUGGAGGUUUGCUUGCUUCGCUUUCGUUCCUCGUGACUGGAUUUGUACAACUAAGUGUCAACCAAACUCUUCCAUCACUACCGGUAUCAGACGAGGCAUAUGUUAGCAUAUGGAAUCAACUAGACAGUUGCAAUGUAACUGCGACUUUUCCUGGAUUCCCACCGCACACGAUUGCUCCUAAUGUGUCUAUGAUUGACAAUCGCAACACGGGUGAGGCUUCCUUUCAUCUCAAAGCGCCGAAGUCCAAGACAACUUGGUCGGUUGAUGUUCAGCUCGCCUACUCUGGAUGUUCUGCGGAUCAGUAUAAGAAUCUACCUACGAAGUUCACAACUAACCUAGAGACGACGAAAAUCUACUAUGUUGCGGUUAGCACCAAUGGUGUCUAUCAGGGAGUAGCGGACCCAUCAAAGCCAACGCAGGGAACGGGAGAAUUCAGUUUGGGCAUUGUCACAGCUACGACACCUCGAUAUGACGGUAACCUUGUGAUGUGUCGAAUGGAUGCUGGUGAUUUUGAUCCUAAGCAUCCAUGCAAUCCUCGCAGUCCCUCUGACUUCUACUACUGGGAGACGAACUAUGACCAAGGCACCGAUGAUCGUGACAAGAACUACACGUUCUACACCAAUAGUGGAGCCAACAAUGGCUACGCCAUAGGCUACGUUUUCAAGCCAGUAAAACCUGGAAAAUGGCAACUGUACUACCUCGAUGGAACUCCAAAAAAUGUCGGAUUUAAAACUCCCGACAAGACUAACAUUACAGUCACAGCUACAGGUGUCUUGAUGGAAGUUCAUAAACAAGGAGCAGUUUAUGUCCUAGCCUUGACCGGAACAAAGGACAAACCAGUGAAACAUAUCAAUCAAGUAGUGCAGUCUAACUCGGUGACGAUUCUGUGGCAGUUUCCGCAAAUUAUCAUAAUUACAGCAGCAGAAAUUCUUUUCUCUAUAACAGGAUACGAGUUUGCUUAUUCACAGUCCGCUCCAUCUAUGAAAGCACUAGUACAAGCGAUGUGGUUACUCACAACAGCAGUAGGUGACAGCAUUAUUGUUCUAAUUACCGCGCUUAAUUUGUUUAAUAAUAUGGCCACCGAAUUCUUCGCUUACGCAGGAGCUAUGUGUAUUGUCAUAAUCAUAUUCGCUCUGAUGUCCAUCUUCUACUACGAUUACAACUAUUACACAAAAGAGAAAAAGCCAAUUUAUGAACCCGAUGAUGACUACAUCACCUCAAAACACGACGUGAAAUUGAGAGCCUUUUCGCUUGAUCCCCACGAUGCAGAAUAUCUAUUUACUCCUGAUGUACGGUUAGAUGAUAUAACGAUACCGGACGAGCGGUUCUGA